AUGGUAAAUGAACAACAUAUCGCAAUUGUACCUGAAUUUACUCUAAUAUCCGGACACACUUUACAUAAAGUUCCAGUGGCUUACAAAACAUGGGGAAGUCUUAAUCAUAAUAAGGAUAAUGUCAUGGUUAUAUGUCAUGCUCUUAGUGGUAGUGCGGAUGUUGCAGAUUGGUGGGGACCAUUAAUUGGAAAAGGAAGAGCUUUUGAUCCAACUAAAUUUUUCAUUUUUUGUGGAAAUACGCUUGGAUCACCUUAUGGAUCAGCAUCACCGAUUACUAUUAAUCCUGAUACCGGAUUAAUUUAUGGUCCAGAAUUUCCUUUGACAACUCCUCGGGAUGAUGUUAGGCUUCAUAAAAUUAUCUUGGAUAAUAUGGGUAUUAAACAAGUUGCAAUAUGCAUUGGAGGAUCUAUGGGUGGAAUGCAAGUAUUAGAGUGGGCAUUUUUUGGUCAGGAAUAUGUUAAAACAAUCGCACCAAUUGCUACAUCGGCAAGAUUUUCUGCUUGGGGUAUAAGUUGGAACGAAGCUCAAAGACAAUCUAUUUACUGUGAUAAUAAAUAUUGUAAUGGAUUUUAUACAGAUGAUGAGACACCUGAUACAGGUCUCGCCGCAGCACGUAUGUCGGCGCUUCUAACCUAUCGUUCACGAGAUUCUUUCGAAUCACGAUUUGGUCGUAAACUUCAGGAUCCAAAAAAAUUAUCAGACGUUAAUAAUAAUAAUCAUUUUAAAGUUUUAACACCAGCGGAAACAGCAUUACUUAUUCAUAAUGAAGGACAUAAAAAAUGGGCAUUAAAUAAUAAUAGACACUUAACAGCUGCAGUACCUCACACAUUCUCAGCUCAAUCUUAUCUUCGAUAUCAAGGUGAUAAAUUCGUCAAAAGAUUUGAUGCAAAUUGUUAUAUCAGUUUAACUCGUAAGAUGGAUUCUCAUGACAUAUCAAAAGGUAGAAAAGGUGAUAUAGUGGAUAUAUUAAGAAGUAUUAAACAACCAACUUGUGUAUUUGGAAUUGAAUCAGAUGGACUUUUCACAAUUUCAGAACAAUAUGAAUUAGCUGAACAUAUUCCAAAUUCUAAAAUGAUUACUAUACAUUCACCAGAUGGACAUGAUGGAUUUCUUUUGGAAUUUGAUCAAAUUAAUCGACACCUUUUAAAAUUUAUUCGUAAACAAUUAUCUGAUAUUAUUAUUAGUGAAGAAAUCAUAAAUAUUGAAACAACAUUCCAAGUAACCAAAGAUAGUGUAUUUGGUGAAGCGGAAGUUGAUGAUGUGAUGAAAUGGUAA